AUGGCCGACGAUCUUGGCGCCCUUGGCGAGCCCAUCACUGACAGGACUCUCGUCCUCAACGUGAUCCGUGGUCUCAACGAGCGCUUCUCCCACAUCGGCACCCUCCUUCGGCAUGCCCGCCUCUUCACCAGCUUCCUGGAAGCCCGUGAUGACCUCAUCCUCGAGGAAAUCACCCUGGAGAAUCGCCAGUCUUCACCGGCCGCCGCCCUCACCGCCUCCGCCAAGUCUACAGCGCCUCCUCCCCAGCCGCAACCACACUCGGGGGUGAACGUCUCCGGCACUGGCAACAAGACCGCCAACCGCCGCAACAAGCGCUGCGGCGGCGGCGGUGGCGGCAACAGCACCGGCACCGGCGGGCCCAGCGGCGUAGGCGGCUCGGGCCAGCAGGCCCCUGGCGCACAGCAGCAGCAGCCCGACCUCGCGUCUGGUGGCAAGAACACGGGCUGA